UGCGCCCAGCCUUUGAGUGACUUAUCCAGCCUGGACCCUCACGGGGAUUUUAGUACCAGCCCUUCGUCCCUGUGCACCGAGCCCCUCAUCCCCACCACCCCCAUCAUCCCCAGCGAGGAGAUGGCCAAAAUCUCUUGCAGCCUGGAGACCAAAGAGCUCUGGGACAAGUUUCACGAACUGGGUACCGAGAUGAUCAUCACCAAAUCCGGGAGGAGAAUGUUUCCUACAAUCAGGGUUUCCUUCUCGGGAGUGGAUCCUGAAGCCAAGUACAUUGUGUUAAUGGAUAUAGUUCCUGUGGACAAUAAAAGAUACAGAUAUGCCUACCACAGGUCUUCCUGGUUAGUGGCUGGGAAAGCUGACCCUCCGCUCCCUGCAAGGUUGUACGUGCACCCUGACUCCCCGUUCACGGGAGAGCAACUGCUGAAGCAGAUGGUGUCCUUUGAAAAAGUCAAACUCACCAACAAUGAGCUGGAUCAGCAUGGCCACAUCAUUUUGAACUCCAUGCACAAGUACCAGCCAAGGGUCCACAUUAUCAAGAAGAAGGAUCACACAGCUUCAUUGCUAAAUCUGAAAUCAGAAGAGUUCAGGACAUUUAUCUUUCCAGAGACGGUUUUUACUGCUGUUACUGCCUACCAGAAUCAACUGAUAACCAAGUUGAAAAUUGACAGCAACCCUUUUGCUAAAGGAUUCCGGGACUCUUCCAGACUCACUGAUAUCGAGAGAGAAAGCGUGGAGAGCCUUAUCCAAAAGCACUCCUAUGCCCGAUCCCCCAUUCGAACCUAUGGAGGAGAAGAUGAUCUCGGAGAUGACAGCCAGGCAACACAAAGCAGAGGGUCAGCCUUUACAACAUCUGAUAACCUGUCCCUCAGUUCCUGGGUAUCCUCCUCAACCAGUUUUCCUGGAUUUCAGCACCCACAGCCUUUGAGUGCCCUGGGUACCAGCACUGCAUCCAUAGCUACACCCAUUCCUCAUCCAAUCCAAGGAUCUCUGCCUCCGUACAGUCGCCUGGGAAUGCCUCUUACACCCUCUGCUAUAGCCAGCUCCAUGCAAGGUAGUGGUCCCACUUUCCCUUCCUUCCACAUGCCUAGGUACCACCAUUAUUUUCAGCAGGGUCCUUAUGCAGCUAUCCAGGGACUGCGUCAUUCCUCCGCAGUGAUGACGCCAUUUGUAUGA